GCCGCGGCGCUCUCGAGGGCCAUCGUAACGGUAACCGCCAUGCGUGCUCGCCGUGCUCUCAGUGCGCGCCUCACCUCGCUCCAAACUAGACUGGAGUGCGUCGCGGCCCGCCUGGAGGCAAGCCUGGAGGCCUGGAGGACUCCGCGCCACGACAACCCGGACAACCCGGACGGCUGGAUAAGGCCGCCUCACGCCGCGCGCUGUCCCCCGACACGUCCCCCGCCGCGUCCCCGGCCACGCGCCUUGGGCUAGGUUAGGCUUAACGCGACAGCGUCAAACGAGGCGUCAAGCCCAACAGCUGCCAGCAGUGCCGCGUCGCCGCCGCGGAAGGUCAAACGGAUAAUCGGAGGAACUCGGGAAGCCGGUGAGGCGCGACUUUCAAACUGAAGAGUCAGAAACAGUCGAAGCCGCAAACAUGGUGAAAGUUAAUUACAAACUGCUGCCCGUGAAGGCGCACUUCUUCUUCUUCAUGGCGUCCAUGGGGCCCAUUCUGCCGUUCACCAUCGUCUUCGGGAAGCAGCUGGGGAUUUCCGAAAUAGUGAUGGGCACUAUUUCAGCCGUUUUGCCACUCCUAUUCCUCGUUGCCAAACCGGCGUUUGGCUACCUGGCUGACUAUUUCCAGAGCCAGCGAAAGUUACUAUUCAUGACCUUGAUUUGCAUUAUGUGCGGCUCCCACAUUUUACUGUACUUUGUCCCCGCCGUCAAAGUCCGCCCCUUCGCCAUCCGAGGGGCCACCUGCCAUGAUAUCAUUUCAUGUAAAAAUGAGACUCUGCCAGAUAAGAACGCGACGACGGCCUUCGAGUGCGCGUGGUCGGCGAGCCCGCUGCUGCAGCCCCUGGACACGCGGCCCGCCCUCGCCCCGGAGGUCUGCGCCGCCAUCUCCGGCAUGCAGUGGGGCGCCGAGUCCUGCGGCAGCGACGCGCGCCAGCAGUUCGACGUGCUCUGCGAGCCGACCCACGAGGACCCCAACCACCUGUACUCGACGGCCACCUUCUGGAGCUUCGUGCUCCUCAUGUCGCUGGGCAGCAUCGGCUACAACGUGGCCAACAGCAUCAGCGACGCCAUCUGCUUCGACGUCCUGGGCGACGGGGGAGAAAUGGGAUAUGGAAAACAGCGCGUGUUUGGAGCGAUAGGGUUCGGUCUGUCUGCGCUCCUGGCGGGCUACGUCAUCGACCUGUACUCCCCGGACGCCGCCAUGAAGAACUACGCCCCCGCGUUCCUGCUCACGCUCGCCUUCGGCCUCAUUGACAUCUUCACGUGCACUCGGCUCAAGCUGCCGAAACUGCCCAAGUCUGAGAGCAUCAUCGGCGACGUGGCGAGUCUCCUCAAGCACCGCCACAUCGUCGUCUUCCUCGUCUUCGCCACGUUCGCCGGGAUAUGCGACAGCUUCAUCAUCUACUUCAUGUUCUGGUACCUGGAGGACCUGGCGCAGACGUCCGGGGCCAUGGCGCACGUCAAGCUCAUCGAGGGCCUCGUCAUCGCGGCGGAGACGCUGGGCGGCGAGGUCAUCUUCUUCUCCUACGCGGGCAAAAUCAUCGAGAAGAUCGGCUACGAGCACUGCCUGUCGCUGAGCUUCGUGUUCUACGCGCUGCGCCUGGGACUCAUCUCGCUGGCCACCAACCCGUGGUGGCUGCUGCCCACCGAGCUGUUCCUGCAGGGCCCGUCCUUCGCCCUGUGCUACACCACCAUCGUGGCGUACGCCAGCGCCGUCGCGCCGCCCGGCACCUCGGCCACCAUGCAGGGCCUCGUGGCCGGCAUGGACGACGGCUUCGGCUACGCCGUCGGCAGCCUGGCGGGGGGUGCACUGUACAGGUGGUUCGGCGGCUCCUGGUCGUUCCUGAUGUACAGCGGGCUGGCGCUGUGCUGCGGCAUCGCGCACUCCGUCAUCCACCUGUUCUUCCUGAAGGUGCCCAGCAAACCCACAGCCGACACGUGCAGCACGGACUACCACGUGGUCCCGCAAGCCACUGCCGACUCUGCGGCGGACACCGGCUCAGUGGAAACCGCCUAGUAACGACUGAUGAACCUGGAGAGCGAAGCUCAGUUGGAAUUUUAACUGGGAACAAAUCAACUUUAAGUCCAAGAAAGCAACUGUGAUAUAUUAAAUAUUUAAUUAAUCAUAUUUUUUCACACGUAGAAUAAACUCUUAUUUUAAAA